AUGGCUGAAUCUACUUCAUCAAACGCCCUGACUAAGAAGCGCAAGGAUAUGGAACUAAUGGCUCCUCCACCGCCGGUCAAGAAGAUCAAGAGACCAAAAAAAGUACUCGAUGAAGACGAAUACACCGAGGCUCUCUCACAAAUUAUAGCCAGAGACUUCUAUCCCGGCUUGUAUGAGUCGGAAAUACAGCAAGACUACUUGGACGCUCUCGACUCAAAGGAUCCAGCCUGGAUAUCAAGCGCAGGUCAAAGGCUACGCCACGCCGAUGCACUGAAGAAGGAGAGGGGUGAUUCCAGGCCACGCCGACAUGUAGACGCUGGCAAAACACCAAUGACAGAUGUGGGUGAUACGCCAAUGUCUGUUGCGACACAGGCCGUCGAGGAACGACGCCCAGCGGUGGGAGCGCACAUGAGUCUCACAAAGUUUCAAGCAACAUACACCAGCGAAGACAAUGAAAGCUUUUACAAACUCAUUGACAAACAAAAUCAGAAAAGGGCUGGCAAGUAUGCUUGGCUGUGGGGCGGCAACAAGAUGCCAUCCAAGCAAAUGAUUGCACAGAAAGCAGUCAUAGAGCGUUUAGCGCAAGACGGGAAACUCAUCGACGAUGGCUUCAUCAAACGCGACAGGCUAGCGAUCAAAGAUGGCGAUGAUCGGCCGGCGCGACCGGAUAGCUGGAAAUCAGAACCCCAAAACGACCUGAUGUUUGGGCCAAAGGAUCUUGCGGAUGGCGUCAAGACCAGGGCACAGGCUGCUGAAGAAGCAUCCAGAUCGGGGCCAAAAACAGUUGUCUAUGCGAAUACCAGAGUUCCGCAGCCUCACAUCCCACAGCGUCCGCCCUCACCCACAAUGUCCUCCAUAAGGGACGCCAUUGCUGGAAGGCCUCGUGUGAAAGACUCAGUCUCCAGCAUGGCCGGUGGUGGCGAAACACCGCGAGUCAAUGGCUAUGCUUUCGUGGACGACGAAGAUGACUACGACUCUCCCACUAAAGAGGAAGCCAUCAUUGAUCUGGGUCCCGGCGAUUCAAAUAACCCCUUCAAAAUACAGGAACGGGGGAAGAAGGAUGUUUUGCAUGAAAGGAUGGUGGAUCGGAUAGCCAAAUCCAAACGAGAGUCUUCCCGCAAUGGCUUCACCGGCCGCUCUGAGCACUUGGCAGUUCCCAAGUUUCCGAGCAGCCCGCGAGUAUCAGGGGAACUGACACCGGCAGCUAAGCGUCUUUGGAGCAAAAUGGGGACCCCAAAAGGAAGCACGCCAGGAAACUCGUUUGGUCAGUCGUGGCAGGAAACGCCACUACGGCGAGGCUCCUCAUUACGCAAGGCCAGCAAGCCUAACAGCAGCAAGCUCACAUAG